AUGCAAGUACUCUCAUUCUAUCAUAUUUGUGUUUUGAUAAGUUUCUGCAUUCUAGGAGCCCCCGGAUCUGCGAGGGCAAUUGGCACUGAAGAAAUUCAACCUAAACCGAAAAUGUCAGCUGGUGAUGCAGUAAAGUACGAUAUAGUUGAGCGAGGAUCCCUUUAUAGUCUUGAUUACCGAAUUUUCAUAAGUGAGUCAUAUACUCAGCGAGUGUUUUCUUUGCAAGAGGGUCCUGAUGGAGUUUUGUCUCCAUGGCAUGACAUCCCUCUCUAUGCUGACGAAAGUAAGAAGAUUUUCAACAUGAUCGUUGAGAUUCCUCGUUGGACGAAUGCUAAAAUGGAGGUGGGUAAAAACGGUCUCGUUCCAUCCCAAUUUCAUAUCUUUCUGGUUAAGAUGGCUACUAAAGAAGCCAUGUCACCCAUCAAGCAGGAUGUAAAGAAGGGAUUGCCUCGAUUUGUGCACAAUAUCUUUCCGCAUAAGGGAUACAUCUGGAAUUAUGGGGCUCUCCCACAGACGUGGGAAGAUCCUAACCACCUUGUGCCUGAAACCAACGCUAUUGGUGAUAAUGAUCCAAUUGAUGUCUUGGAUAUCGGAUCCAAAGUGCAGAAACGAGGUGCUGUCAUCCAGGUGGGAAAUUUUGUUCUGUCAUGAUC